UGAUCAAAUUGCGAUCUCGAUCUUGCACGAGACUUUAGUCUUCACUUGGCCGUUGCGGGAAGCGAACGUCUUCUUCGUGCUUCUUUUUCUUCAUCCGUAGUUUAUAAUCAUAGCGAUUUGUGUGAUCUCCCCAGAAGCCGGUCCCUUUGAAAUUGAAAUGGAAGAUGUGUUGUUUUGUUAAGAAAAAAAUAAUAUAGAAAUAAGGAGAAAAAAAAAGAAAAAUUAUUCACACCUCAAAAUUGGAAAGUUAAAAGGCCACAUCCAAAUAUAGAAUGUGUUGCAGAAUGUUCUUUUGGAUGGAUGUGUUCAUUGUGCUUGUUGGUGUUUUUGUGUGUUUUUCAUUGGGUGCCAAAUAUCAUCAUGAACGUCAUCAAAUUAUGCGUGGGGUGGAUUAUCAUUACGAGAGUGUCGGUGAAUUAGCCAGUAGUAGCAGUUGGAUUAAACAAAGACAUGACAAUGAUCAGAAAUCGGAGAAGGGUCAACGACAAAGGCACAACAAACAUGCCCUUCGACUGCUAACCCCCAUGUCGGAAAAGAAGUUAUGGGGUGGAGGAUUGUGGCCUUCAGUAUUUAAUGUUGCCCUCAAGGCAUCAAUUGCUGUUAAUGCAACGUGUGGUCAGAAUGGACGUGAAGAAUACUGUAAACUUGUUGAUGCUCAUCCACUUCGGGCUCGAGGAUCUCAGUGUGGCAUUUGCGAUGAUAAAAGUCCCGACCAGGAAAAGAGGCAUCCAAUUGUUCAUGCAAUUGAUAAAACUGACAAAUGGUGGCAAAGCCCAACAAUAAGUAAUGGCUUACAGUAUGAACAUGUAACAAUUACGCUGGAUCUUGGGCAGCUGUACCAAGUGCUGUACCUCAUGAUUAGAUCUGGAAUUUCCCCGAGACCUGCUGCAUGGAUAUGGGAGAGAUCCCUCGAUGGGGAAAAGUACACCCCAUGGCAAUAUUUUGCCUCUUCAUCGCAUGAAUGUGAACGUUUAUUCGGCAUGCGAGGUCACACGGGGAAGUAUAUUUUCAAGAAGGAUACCGAAGUUAUUUGCUCCACUCAAUUUGGAAAAGUGCUCCCAUUGGAAAGUGGGGAGAUACACGUUUCCCUAAUCAAUGGGCGUCCAGGGGCAAAUUCAUCAUCAGCGGAAAUUCUGGAAUUCUCAAUGGCUCGCUAUGUACGGAUAAAAUUUAUUAAAAUGCAUUCACUGAUUAAAAAUGGACCAGUGGAAUGGCUUCUGGAUGAACAAGCAAUGGCCAAGAGGAGUUUCUAUUCUGUCAAAUCAAUUCGCAUUGGCGGACGGUGUGUUUGUUCUGGACAUGCAAAGGAAUGUCGCAAUAUCACUCCGGGGAAUGCUCAAUGUGAAUGCCAGCACAACACCUGUGGUGCCAAUUGCGACGAAUGCUGCCCACUCUUCAACCAGCAGCCCUACCGCCCGGGGAAUGCCACCCACGCAAAUGAGUGUGAGAUGUGUCAGUGCCACGGUCAUGCGACUUCAUGUCGAUACAAUUCGGAUGUUCAUCAGAAAGGUCUCAGUGUGAAUGUUCUUGGAGAAAUCUCCGGUGGUGGCGAAUGCCUGGACUGUCAGCACUUCACAACCGGGGUUAAUUGCGAAAAAUGUCUCCCAGGAUACUACAGGCCACACCAAACGCAGCCCGAUGCUCCAAUCCCAUGCCUCCCAUGCGAUUGCCACCCCCUGGGUGCAGUUGAGAGCUGCAACCCGAAUGGAGGGGCAUGCGUGUGCCGUGAAGGAUUCACCGGACCAAAGUGUGAUCGCUGUGAACAAGGAUAUCAAGGGGAGAAUUGCACGAAAUGUCGUUGCGAUGUAAGGGGCACAAUGCCAGGGGGUGAAUGUGAAUCCCACUGCCAGUGCAAAUUGCAUGUGGAGGGUGAAAAAUGCGAUAAAUGUGCUCCUGGAUAUUUUUCCUUGAGCUCCACAAAUCCCGAAGGAUGCCUCAAGUGUUUCUGUUCAGGUGUUGGGGUGUCCUGUGUAACCAGCACUAUCGAUACUGAGAUCACUUCCUCUCCGGAGGAAUGGAAGAUGACUGAUCUCUCUCAGUCAAUUACAGCCUAUCCAGCAAGGGACAAUACCACAGGACAUUUGUAUUUCGGCCUCUAUGAGAUGCCGGAAGUUGAGAGCGUCUACUGGGUGGCACCGGAAGUGUACUGUGGCAACCUCCUCUCCAGCUAUGGAUCGCGAUUUAUCGUCUCAAUCGCCUGGGUUAUUGUGCGUGGUGAUACAAGUGGGAAACCAACAUCAGGACCAAGUAUAAUAAUUGUGGGGAGCAAUGGGAUGAAAAUUGCCUUUGGUGAUGAAAUCUUCGAGGACUCCAAUACAACUCUUGAGAUUUUUCUCAAAGAAGACGGUUGGUACCAUGUCCCGAGGAGUGUUAAGGAUAUCGUUACACGACUCAGGAGGACGGAGUACAGAGGAGAUCCCGUGACAAGAGCUCAAUUUAUGUCUGUUCUCAGUCAUGUUCAGAGCAUCCUCAUUCGAGGGACAUUCCACACAGAUCAGGUUGAGAGUGUCCUCGAGGCUGCAACUCUCUUCAGCGGGGAAACAAUCCUUAGCGAUCAGAGUCUUGUGGAGAUGUGUGAGUGCCCAAUUGGCUACAAAGGAACCUCAUGUGAAGCAUGCGCAUUUGGAUUUGCACGAAUCCUGGAGGAUUCAUCGACUCAUGAAAAAUUGGGCAAAUGCAUCCCAUGUGAUUGCAACAGUCACGCCGAGACGUGUGACAUUGAUACAGGAAGAUGUUCGCAGUGCCUCCACAACACUUCCGGUGAUCGCUGUGAUCGAUGCUCGGUGGGCUUCUAUGGGAAUCCAUUGGCGGGAAAUGUGGAUGACUGUAAACGAUGUGCAUGCCCUCUCGAAGACACCAGCAACAACUUCUCGCCAAGUUGCCAACUCAAAGCUCCCGACAGUCAACCGCUUAUAAAUUUCGUUUCAAUGGACGGGGAGGAUUUUAUUGAUUUAACCAACAUUUCCACCACGCAGGACUACAUUUGUACGCAAUGCCCACCAGGCUACAUCGGGGAUCACUGUGAAAAAUGCGAUGAUGGCUUCUACGGGGAGCCCACAGUGGUUGGCGGAAGUUGUCUUCCUUGUCCCUGCUCCGGAGGUCCUUGUCAUCCACUUACAGGAAAAUGCAUUAUUUGCUAUGGAAACACCGAAGGCUGGCAAUGCGAAAGAUGCAAACCUGGCUACUGGGGUGAUCCAGAAUUAGGUUGUGACCUAUGUGAGUGCUACCAAAAUGGCUCCAUCAGCAACAUUUGCGAUCCUGUGUCGGGUCAGUGUAUAUGCAACAGUCGUUUUCGUGACUUGAGGUGCGAUAAAUGUGCUGAUGGCUAUGGCGAUGUUUCACAGAACUGUCCAGCAUGCCUGUGCAACAAGAAUGGUUCUCUAUCGGGCAUUUGUGACCACAUAACAGGUCAAUGUACCUGCAAAAAUGGCGUUGAAGGACACAAGUGUGAUCAGUGCAUGGAAACAUAUUAUGGUUUUGGCGAAAAUGGCUGUCAAGAAUGUCUCUGCAAUCGUCAUGGUUCAGCCCACUUGCGUUGCAAUGCCGCCACAGGGCAGUGCAUAUGCAAGCUUCAUGUUACGGGCAAGGCGUGCGAUCGUUGCGAAGACGGAUUCUACGACUUGGAUGUAGGAUGUCGUCCAUGUGAAUGCAACGAAAUCGGCAGCAGUAGCAGUAUAUGCAACAUUUACUCUGGUGAAUGUCAGUGCAAGAAAGGAGUUACAGGACGACUGUGUGAUACCUGCCAGGAUGAUAACUACGGAUUCUCCGUCCAUGGUUGCAAAAAAUGCGACAACUGCCCAAGUUCUGGGUACAUUUGCGAUAAGGAAACAGGACGAUGUAUUUGCCCGCACCUAACCAAAGGAGCUGAAUGCAAUCAAUGUGUUGCAAAUGCAUGGGGUUGGCAGCAUCGAAUCGGCUGUCGUGCCUGUGAAUGCGACAAGUUAGGAUCAAUUGGGCAAUCAUGUGAUGCUGCAAAUGGUCAAUGCGCCUGCCGCGAAGGCUUCUCCGGGAGGAAUUGCAAUCAGUGCUCACUUGGCUAUUUUGGCUACCCCAACUGUACGCGGUGCAAUUGUGACGUGAGGGGUUCCAUACGAAAGGCAUGGCUUGAGACAAUUGAGUGCGACCAUCUGGGGCAGUGCCCGUGCAAAGAACUCGUGACUGGUCUCAAGUGCGAUCAGUGUCGUCAGGCAACUUUUGGUCUGUCGGCACGCAACCACGAUGGAUGCACUCGUUGCUACUGCUUCGGGCGCUCACAGGAAUGUCAGCAGGGUCAACUGUCUUGGGGACAAAUACGCCAAAGUGGUUCCCGAAACCUCAGUGUUGAGUACAUCACGCCCUUCCAUCCAUCCGCCCGGGACUACGACUAUGUGGUUGUGGUGCAAAUGGAGGGAUCACAAAUUCACAAGGAAGAUGCAAAAAUUGAGAAAAUUAGUCGCAUCAGCCUCAUUCCAAGCUCAACGGGGAAUGUCUCCAUUGGAGCCUAUUCGAAGUUUCACAAUCCCCUCUAUUUCCAACUACCACCGACAUUUUUUGGUGAUCAAACACGAAGCUAUGGGGGAUUCCUCAAGUUCACCCUAACAACCGAUGGAUGCGACACGAGGUUGAGUGAAGAGAUCCUCGGGAAUUAUCCUCUGGUGCAGAUACAUUCUCAUAAAAAUUUUGUAAUUGAAUACUUUGGUCAGGAGAUCUACGACACAUCACCAAAUGUAACAUUCAGUGUUCCUAUAAAUGAAAGAUUCUGGCUUUAUCGACACUUCAGCUAUGAUUACAAUGUAACGCGGGGCAUGAUGAUGACUGCUCUGCAGAACAUAAAACAUAUUUUCGUGCGUGGCACAACAUGGGCUGAUUUCACGCAAGUCGUGAUAAGCAACAUAAGUCUCGACACAGGCAUCUUCCUGGCAGGAUCAACCAAUAACAUCGCCCUGGGAGUUGAAAUAUGCAAAUGCCCGAAAGAGUAUGAUGGAUUUUCAUGCCAGGACCCAUCCAAUGGACACUAUCGAUGGAGGAAUGUUACAGAUGUUGAAAUAAGUAGAAAUCUCGAGGAAAUUGUUGGCUACUCCGUGCCCUGUAGCUGUAGUGGACGAAGUGAGACGUGUGAUCGGGAGACAGGAGUUUGUUCUAAUUGUCGUGACAACACCGGAGGACGUCACUGCGAGGUCUGCGCAGAAGGCUACUACGGGAAUGCCAAUUCAGAUCUCGGCUGCUUAGCAUGCCCUUGCCCGGAGACAAAGAAGAACUUUGCAAGAGGAUGCCAAGUACUGAAUAAUGUUGUGAGCUGCAUAUGCAAGCCAGGAUACACAGGUCCUCGUUGCGAGCGCUGCCUUCCAGGCUUCUACGGAUCUCCCGACAGCGACGAAGGUUUCUGUGAGGCUUGCAAUUGCAACCUCGAAGGAAUCGUGUCAAGUGAUUGCAACCAGGAGACCGGGCAGUGUGACUGUCGCCCAGGGAUUUUCGGAAGACGCUGUGAUCAAUGCGAAGAGCCUCGUCAUGUAAUUCAGAGUGGGAAGUGUCGUCUCUGUGAUAACUGUACGCUAACCCUCCUGGAUGCAACGGAUGAACUCAAGCCUCUCCUCAAAAUGCUCGAUGAUCACAUUUCUUCCGUUGAGAUCACAGCUCCCUGGGAGACGGUUGAGGACUUUGAAAAUGAGAGUGACGAUUUAAUAGACGAACUGGAGAAACGUGAAAAACGGAUGCAAGUCCUUGAGCGAUUCAAUGAUACGCGUUUCGAUAAAAUGGCCUCAAGGGCUAACAAUUUAUUCAAUCGUGGCGUGAAGCUGUCGUCAAAGACGGAGAAGAGAAGACACAGCGCUGAGACACUGAAAAGCGACGCAGAAACUCUUCUUGAGCUUGCCAAUGCCCUCGAAGAGAAGAUUGAGGGGACAAUUGAUGAGCUUCUCCUUUACGGAUCACAUGAUCAUCACACCAAUCUCCCAUUAGCCCUAAGUGAGGCUUCGGGAUAUUUGGGGAAAAUCAAAGAUAAUAAUAUUCUUGGAAAUUCCGUUGAUGGCAAUGAGAUCCCAUGUUGGCGGCAACAGUACAAUGAAUGGUCUGACCUGUCCAAAAUAGCAAAGAAACAGCUCAAGAAAUUGAAUAAUUUCAAAGACAAUUUAAUUGAUUUUGGAAGGAGAAUCGAUAAUUUUAUGGAUAUUUAUGAAAAUACAACAAACAACAUUGAAAAAUCUCAAGAUCUCAUUGAAGAUUCCACUGAAAUUCUCGAAGGAUUAACAGAGAAAUACAAUAAAAUCCUCGCGCUAAAGGAUGAAGUUGCAAAGUAUCCUUAUCUCAAUACAAAGGCAGCAUUUGAUGAAAUAGCCAAUGAAAUUCGCAAUAAUGCUGAAGAUCUUGAAAGAGAUAUCUACGAUAUGGGACUCCUAGCUGAAAAACUCAAUGAAACACUUGCAGAAUCAGAUGAAAAGCUCUACAAUUUGCAGGAACAUUUGUUGCCAAAGGCAAAGAUACAUGCAGAGGAAUUAAUGAAGAAAGCACAGAGGGGGAAGAAUUUAUUCCAAAAUGCAAAGAAGGGUGCAGAGAAAGCCCUCAAAGCUGGUACAGUGUACAAAAAUAUCACUGAACUUGUGGAACAUGCUAAGACAGCUGCUAAGGAAACCAAGGAAGCCGCCCUUAAGGCUCAAGCGGAACUAUCUCCGGCGGGAAAUGUUUCUUUAGUGGACAGAGCUACGCAAUCAUUGGAAGAUUCUCAGGAUAUUAUUGAACAAGCGAUUAAGGAAAAGAAGAAAAUUGAAGGUUUGCGAGAAUCUCUGGAAGUUUUCCAGGAUGUCGUUAAGAAUACAAAACACACCAUCUUUAAAACUGGAAUUGAUAACAACAAAGUUAUGGAUAAGCUCACAAACUUAUCCAAUGUGGACACAAUGAACAGCAUCCGUGGUAAUAAGGAACUAGCUGAGAAAAUAUCCAUGCAAAUGCAAAAUGUUCACAGAGAUGCUGAGAAUAUGAAGAGUGGUGUUUACUUGUUAAAGGCUAAACUGCAAACACUGCAGCCAGAUUGGGAGACAGAUCUGGGAUUCGCGCAGGAGAAUGUCUCAGUUAGUAUGAGUAAUAUACGGACAGCUGAUGACAUGCUUCUGGGUAUGGAGCAAAUAGCUGAGAAUAGCAAAGUUUCCAUUCAACAGUGGAAUGAAUCGUUGGCGAUGCAGCUGAAGGCACUUAAGGAUAAAAUUGCACGAGCCAAGCACACAGCUGAGAGUAUUCGUGUGUCGAUUGAGUCUGAGAAUGGGGAUUGCAAGAGAUCCUACAUGCCACAGACAUUCGGAUUGACGACUUCAAAUACAAUCAAGAUGUCCAUUGCCCUGAGUAGGAACAUCAAUGAUUCCAGCCUAAUAUUCAUUCAAGGGGAACAUCAACGUUUCAUUGCGGUGGAAAUGGUUAAGAGACGCAUAAGAUUGGUGUGGAAUCUAGGAGGGAAGACAACAGUUGUCACUCACCCCAUUGAGAUCAUUCAGAAAGAUCCUAAACUCGAUGAAGCUUGGUACAGCAUUGAGGCUAAUCGAACAAUGAACAUCGGGAGCAUUGCUGUGCGACAGAUGACAAAUAAUGGAGUCUUCUCAAACGCAACCAUCGAAUCUGGGGAUAGUGGUAUUGAGUACACAAGAUUCAGCAUGGCGCCAUCCAAUAGAAUUUGGAUAGGAGGCGUUCCACGGGAUAUUCGACCGCCUCAGCUGACAAACCGUGAAGGUCUUGGUGUUGUCGUCCAUCAGCUCUACAUCGAUGAUAAGCAAUAUGGGUUGUGGCACUUUAUGCACACCGAAGGGGAAUGCAAUGGAGCUAUGUUGGGACCGCAGCAAUCAACUUCAACGAUAAAUGCGAGAUAUUUCAACGGGGAAGGAUAUUCAGUUGUAAGGAAGACCAGAGCUAGGCCCUACAGGAAGACACUCUUCUCCGUACAAAUGCAAUUUAAGACGAGAGAUGAAAAUGCUCUUCUCUUCCUUACUGUGGAUGAAAAGAAUAAUCGCUCAAUAUCCCUCACAUUGCACGGUGGACGUAUUGUCUUCCGAAUUGACUAUGGUGGGGAAAUAAAAUUAGAAAUAAACACAACGAAGAAAUUCAAUACGGGCGAAUGGGUUAAUGUUGCUGCUGCUAGAGAAUUCAGCAAGGGCAGCACAGAGAAUGGGAGCCUUAUUGUGGACAAGGAGAAUCACACGGGAUCCCCAACAGCACCAAUAGGGAUUGAUUCUCUGCCAAUUUUAUCCAAUACGAGUUACUACAUUGGCGGCGUUCCGCCUGGUUUCAAAUCGGGAACAUCGAAAGCUCCAGGGGCUGAUCAUGCAUUUUUGGGAUGCAUCAAGGAUAUACAGAUAAAUCAGGAAACUUACGAUCCUCUCGACAGUUCCAACUACUUUGGCGUUGAACCAUCGUGCAAGGAAACCAUUUCCAGAGCUGGAUUCCAUGGAAAGGGAUUUGUAGAGCUACCAUCACAUUCACUGAAUCGUGUGGCAAACUUGGCAUUUGUCUUCAGGACUCUCCAACCUGAUUGCCUUCUCUUACUAGCUGGCUAUCCUCAGAGGAUUCUUGGGGAUUACGAUGAGAAGGACACAAAAGGAAACUAUUCAAUUUGGUUGCAAGAUGGUCAUGUGAAUUUGUGGAUAAAUGCCGGCAGUGGUGGGAUCCAUCUCAUUUCGGAAAUGGGAGUAAAUGAUGGGGAAUACCAUGUGGUUAGUGUGACGAAGACAAAGAGGAAGCUGCAGCUGAGAAUAGAUGACCAACUUCAAGCGUCAAAGCAUCUACCAAAUGCAUCGAGUAUUGUCAUCCUUCCAGGAAGUGAAGGUGGAAUGUUUUUGGGUGGUAUUCCACCCACUUCCGAAUACGAUGACCUCCCGCCGGAGGAGAAAAUUUCCCUGCACGGUGCCAUACAAGAUAUUGUUUUCAACAAUCACACGAUCUACCUGGGAAAUCCAAUAAACUUCGUCGGUGUACAAUUGGGGAGAGUUGGUCCGCAAAUGGGGUCAAAUGGAUACCUCCACGAGGUUCUCAUGAAGACAGAACCAAUUGGGAAGAGCUUCACAAAACCACCUGAAGGAUGUCACAGAGUGGGAAGCUAUUCAUAUGAAGCAAAUGCCUUUAAAUUUGGCGAUGGACCCUGGAGCCAUUCAAUCAUUAACAUCCCUGGACGGCAUUUGUGGCAGAAGAAUUUCAACAUUCAGUUCGAUUUCCGAACUUUCUAUCCCAACGGGGUGCUCUUCGUAGCUCCGGGAUCGAAGGAAAAACAAAAACACUUCAUCGUGCUAAUGCUGAAGGAUGGUCACGUUGUUCUGGCAAUUCGUGGACGUCGACGCGAAGAGCGGAUAUUGCCACUGAAACUCAAUGAUGGCCAUUGGCAUCAUGUAGCGUUCAGUAGUGUCGAUAGGAAGGCAACGCUGAGCGUGGAGGCGGGAGGAAGUCAUCACAAUAGUUCAGCUCAACUUAAGCUCCCAAAGAGGAUUAGUGUGGCGAAUAUGAUGUCUGUGGGUGGGAUUGCAGACAACACCUUUUCUCUACCAACUGAAAUGAUUGCUAAAUUGGAAGACUUCAAAGGUUGCAUCAGACGCUUCAGCGUUAACAAUGUAACACAAGAUCUCGCACGCCCAGGAAAGCAUCUCAAUGUUGGCCAAUGCUUCCCACGUAUUGAAAAAGGAUCAUAUUUUCCAGGAGACGCUUACGCUACUUACAAGCGCACUUUUUACGUGGGAAAGUAUCUGGAAAUGGAGUUGGAAUUCCGAACGUCUGAACUGAAUGGUAUUUUGCUGAGUGUGUCGGAGCUCGAUGGCUAUCCAGCGCUUUCGUUGGAAGUUUUCAUGGGACAAGUGAUUUUGUCGUGUGAUUUUGGGGAUGGCAACCCCUUUAGGGUGGAAACGAAUUUACCGUCUAAAUUUGCUUUGUGCGACAAUCACUGGCACACCGUAUCAGCAUUUUAUGAUUCAGAACAAUUAGCUUUGCGCAUUGACAAUCAACCCAGUGUACUCACCCUUGCAUCCCAUCGUCCAUCUAAUUUGUCCCGAAUGAUUCAUACAAAGUCACCCCUCUAUAUUGGUGGACUUCCGGAGAAUGCAUCAAGUGGCACCCUGUUGAGUCGUGAGAACUUCAAGGGGUGCAUUCGAAAUGUGAUGAUUCGGAAUGAAAUUAAAGAUUGGACGGAUAUGGAUGGUUUAACCAAUGUCCUCCUGAGCGAAUGUCUGACCACAGGGCAAUAGAGGAGAGGCAAAUUCCUUCCCAAAACAAACGAGACUGCCUUUGAGAAGCUUCUUUUCACACAAAACUAUUAGUCAUGGAGGAUAGUUUAGCAUCACAGAAAGUAUCCCACCAUUAAAAUAACAACUAAAAUUUUGAAAAGAAAAAGAAACUAUUUCUGCAAAGAAGAAGCUAUAAUAAGUUCUUUACGUUUUUUCAUACACAAUAAAAAAAACGGAAAAAUGAACAAAGUCGGAAAAUGUGUUCAAAAAAAUGGAAAAGAAAUGUUUAUCUUUUUUUAUAUUAUGUAGUAUUUUCUUUAAAUAACUAUUGUCAAAUUAACAUGCAAAAUAACUGCCAUAAAACAUUUUUUUCUUGUAUUCUGCCAAGACUAAAGAGUCACAAUAACAAAAAAAAAUAUUUAAUUUAUUAGAUUUAAUAACUAUUUAUGUCACAUAAAUGGAAUAGAGUCCAAAAAGAAAAAUUUGAAUGUGGGGAAAAUCGGCAUAUUUUUUUUCUUUAGAUUGCCUUCAUAUUCAUGACAAUAUAUAAUUUAUUUGUGCCAAGUUUUUUUUUAAUUAUUCAGUGUAGGUAGUGAAGAAAUUUUUUCGUAAUGAAUGACUAAUUAACGCAAAAAAUAUUUGAAAUGAUAAAUUAUUUUCCAAUGCAUUUUUUUUCGAAAAAGAAGCAAAUAAAUUAAUUUAUAUAAAUAAA